AUGGCAUUUGAAUACAAAAUUCAUCGGCCAUGCGUCGUGGCAGCUUUGCCCCGCCCUCUUGACCACACCGACGGUCGUAUUGUUGCUCGAGAGGUCUACGGUUUACGGACUGGCCAAAAGAAGAAGAAGCGUAUGGAGCUAGUUGUUCCUGCGUCGCGGCUCAUCACAUCAUAUCCCAUCCCGCCCCAAGAAUCUUUCACCUGUGCCCCGUACUCUAUACGACUGCGGCGGCCGGAUAGCGACGACGUAUAUCGGUAUACAUAUAUUGCUACGAAAGAUGCCAAGUCGUACAAAAUCACGUUGUUCAAAGAUGUCGUACAUCCAGAUGGCAAAACCACGUCCUCAACGAUUUCUCAGACCCUGCGAGCUUCCCCGAUUCACAUCACUGGUUCCUCAUCUACUACAUCGUUGUCAUCGUCAGGAAAUACAAUGGGCGAUAUUGUAGCUAUCUGUGAAGAUGGGCAGGUUGAUUAUCUGUCAGGCGAAGACCUCAACCUGCAGUGGUCUGCCCUGUCUAAGCCAGCCAUUCAAGACGUCAUUGCAGGAGCCAUUGAAAGUUUACAAGUGGAGUAUGUCUCGUCUGGAAAUGUAACCGAUUUCAGGGAAGGAAUUUUCAAAAACAGGCUCGAGAUUUUUAGCGCUUUGCCUCGAGCUCUAGAUGCUGACCCCUCACUUCUCUUCGUCGUGGUGAAAAGCGCUGCUCAAGGGAUAUCAACCCGCCACCUUUUGGUCUUGGCUGCUAUGCCAGGCGGAGCUCUUGCUGCGCCUGGCCUACAGAAGUUGAUUACUCUGGAUAUCAGUCCCCUUCCAGCCGUCUCCCUCCAAAAAAAAUCACCGAUUUACGAGGUGGACAUCCACUCGGGCUUCCUCAUGGAGCUCGCAAGCGGCGUUCUCAGUGUCUACGAUCUUACAGGUGCUAUUCCGAAAAAGAAGUCUUCCAUGCAAAUGAGGGGCACACACUCCUUUAUACGCCUCUCAAGACCAUUCCUUCUCUCAACAUCCCCAGACUCGAUGGUCUUGUAUAAUCACCAAUAUCGUUCUGUGCAUGGAAGGUCUGAUUUAGAUCUAUCUGAACUCCCACCCGACGACCAGCAAAGAAGAUCUUGUCUAUUGAUUGGGCAUUUCCGCGGUCAAGAUCUCGCUGUUGCUUUGAUUGACAAUAUGCUAGUCUCUAUUCACGUGGAGCCUCCUCAUUCCCAUGGGAAGCGACGUAAGGGAGGUCUAUUAAUCGACUCGAUUGGGCGAGGAGCAUCAUUCGAAAUGCAGGCAAAACGAUUGAGGGCCGAAUCAGUGUCAGCGGAAUUCUCCCGCCUCAUCCCUGGAAGCAUGACUGAAGAGUAUCUGGCCACGUAUCACAAAGAAAUCUUGGCAGCCAACGAAUUGCUGGCAAACAAUGCUUUAGGAAAGUGGGAAGACCUGCUACGACAAAAAUUUGGCCUGAAGAAUCAGACCGAUUCUGCCCUGGUCAAUGGAGAGACAGUCACGGGACAAUUUGAAGAUUUACCUGAGUGGGAUUGGCAAACAAAGACUGGAUCAUACCCCUCCGCUGACCGACGAUGGGUGUUGUAUGCGAUAAGCCAAGUUUUCUCGGUGGAGACAGCCUCAUCUGACGAAUCGAAGCCUGAACUACGCUUGGCUCUCCCAGAUAGCAACGUCACGACCUACCUGGUGGUUGCAGGCCACUUGACAAUCUCCAAUUUGAUAUCAGCCUUUCGCGAUGUGCUUACUGUGGAAGCCUCGGGGACCAAAGCCGUGGCCAGAGACUUGAUCCACAGCCUCACUGACGCUGACCCAUCCAUGACGCUCUUGCUGAACUACCUGCAAGCCACAAAAUUGGGGGAAGUAGAGCUGCUACUUGCAAUUAGAAGCCUUAUGCUGAGCAUGGAUUUACUCCCCGACACGAACAAGCUGAACAAGCUUAAGCUUUUGACAAAUGAGACCCUCGAAGCUGACACUCAGGAAGUGGACCUUGAUGAUCUCGAGAGACAAAUUGCCGUUACCGAGCAUUACUUGGGAGACGAGACAAGCAGCCGUUCCCGCGGGCUGACUCUGGCAUUCACAAAACUAUGGCGCAUUCCAGCCAUUGCGACAGUCAAAGCUCUUCGUGAUACAAUUCGAACUGAAGAGGUGCUGGCCUUCAUCUACAUACUGAGAGUGGAAUUGGUUCGCGGAGCCUGGACAACCCUUUACAUGGAUUGCACUAGCCUUGACUCCGAAGGCAACGACGCUCCGCCGGAUGGCGUCAUUACUCUCAUUGCAGACCUGCUGGGACGAUGCCUGGAUGCAGUCGGCGCUGGAGGAUGGUUAUUUAACGAUGCUAUGACUUGGGCGGACAAGACCGAGGCCGGCGACUUUUUGACCGCCCUGAAAUUAGAAGUCGCUGCAGCCUUGGAGGGCUUGGAGGAAGCUGUUUUACUCAACGGUAUUGUUGGCGAGGCUGUACGAUACGGGCUUACAGUAGAGAAGAACUGGGCGGCACGUCAGGUUUGGACCCCAAAGAAACCCAUCCCUUUGCACUUGGAGGGCAAAGAGUCUCGACUCCUGCCGCUUGGGUUGAAGACGAAGCUACUCCCUAGCAGAGAUAAGGUGGUAUCAGGUGGCGAGGUUGUUAAUCGCAGCUCUCGAGAAACGGGGCAUCUGAUAAGUCAGAAGGUGGAGGCUUACUCACUCGAGAGGCUGGCUAUUUGA